CCGCCCAGCGCGGGCGGGCCCGCGGAGCGGUUCCGGGGCACGCGGCGCCGGCCCGGGAUGAGCUCGGAGCGGGGGAACGUGUCGCGCACGCGGCCCCAGCGCCACCAGAACGCGCGCGCCUUCGAGAACGACAAGUACGACACCAGCGCCCGGCGCAAGAAAAUAAAUGCUAAGCUUCAUGAUGGAGUGUGUCAGCAUUGCAAAGGUAUCUUGGAGUGGCGAGUAAAAUUCAGAAAAUACAAGCUACUGACAAAACCUAAAAAAUGUGUGAAAUGCCUCCAGAAGACUGUAAAAGAUCCUUAUCAUAUUAUUUGUCGACCAUGUGCUAGUAAACUAGAAAUUUGUGCUAAGUGUGGGAAACAAGAAGAAAUAAUGAUUCCGAUUGAUAAAGGACAAGACAGAACUGACAGUGAGACUUCUAAAACUGGUCAAGAGAGCAGUAAAUUGAAGGAUGAGCUGGAUUUUGAUACAAAUUUCAGUGGUGCAGACAGUGAUGAAGAUUCUGAUGUGCUUGAAGAACAAUUCAAAAGUAUGAAUUUUGAAAAAACAGAGAUCUAAAAGGUUGUGUUUAUGCAAGAGAUUAUAUGCAAUCAAAUAUGAUAAACCAGUGCUUGCCCUUAAACUGCUCCAAACCCUGAUUAUACAUCUAAAGUCCUUGUAUGUUAAUUUUGGCAUUGUGUAUGAUGAUGCAUGUGGGCAUUUGUAUUAAUACACAGUUUUGUGUAUUAGGAACAGAAAUUCUUUGAAAAUAAUCAGAAAUUCUAUCUGUAAGCAUAGUUAUUUAUUUCAUACAUAUAACAACUUCCUGUUUUUAUGGAAUAAAACCUUUUGUGUAAUUGUUCGAAAUUCAGUAUUAUGUGACUGUCGGAAGUAUUAUUGCUACCUGGAAAUCUACCUGAAAGUCUAGAAUAAACACAGAUAGGGAGAGCUAAA